UUUUUUUUCAAAAUGGUAUAUCUACUAGCUAUAAUAGUAUUGAUGCUAGCUUCAGUAUCACAGUCUUUCCGUAUGGAGCACACGGGCCGUGUGGACUGGCAGAAGAGCGUUCGACCAGGGGAGGGAUGCCCUAAAAAGUGUCACCCUGAACGGUGCCCGGAUCUUAGGCAUAUGCAGGGCUGUCCAGGCGGGCUGGUUCGAGACCAGUGUGGCUGCUGCUGGGAAUGUGGAAACGAUGAAGGACAACUGUGUGACCCACAGCACAGGUCCGGGUCUACUUUCUAUGGCCGCUGUGCUGAAGGUCUACGGUGCAGGGGUCCACGCAAAAACCCUGCAGGCGAACCGAGAGCAGUCUGCGUGUGCAGCAAGCAGGAAACGCUUUGCGGAUCAGACGGGAAGACGUACAAAAAUAUCUGUCAAUUUCGAGCGGCCCAACGCAAGCAGGGCAAGGGUCAGAUGUUGACGAUGGUACACCACGGACCCUGCAAGGCAAAGCCUGUUAUCACUCACGCUCCUCGUGACAUCAUCACACCCAAAGGAAGUGAUGUCAUCUUUUCCUGUGAGGUUUCGUCGUAUCCACUGGCCUCCAUUCAGUGGAGGAAAGAGGGAGAUAUUGUUUCUUUUCCUGCGGAUGAUUCAAGCAUGGCUGUUCAGGCUCGCGGAGGCUCGCGGCGGUUUGAACUGACCGGCUGGCUCCAGAUCCAAGCAGUCGGUCCGAGUGAUGCAGGUGUGUACACGUGUACCGCCAGGAACGCCUUCGGAGAGGUUUCUGCCUCCGCGAGAUUACAGGUUACACACGGAGGGUCUCAGCUGAGCAAAGAUCUGCGACCAAUUGAAAAAGGAGAAUAUAGAAUAACAGAGGAAGAAGAAGCGAACGUAGACGACGAAGAUUACGAAGGCCGGCCUAGCGGAUAUAUGUAUUUGUGAGAGACAGAGGUUAUAAAUAUAUAGCAUUUAAACAGAUUUCUUUUUUAUUAUUCUGAAAUUUAAACUCACCAUAAACUGUGUACUCUUAAAAUAUUUCUCGCUUUCUUUAAGGGCGAUUACGUGUGAGUGUUGUGUAUAUAUAUACAAAUAUUUUCUAUUCAUUCAUGAGAAUUGUACUUAAACAGAACUUAAUUAAAUAGUUGAUUUACUCAUUUGUUGGUUUAUUGAGUUAUUAUUCCAUAAGAAUUUACAAUGUAU